CUGUGUGCACUCUUAUCUCGCUGUUCUAUUUUUUCCCUCAUUUGCGUUAACUCUUUCUUACCUUUUUAUCAAGGUCUAGGCCUUCCUUCUCUUCUCAGAAUUACUGGGAGACAAACGUUACUCUGUAAAGGGCCGGGAUGGUGAGGUGAGUAGCCCCUGGGAACCCCGGUGCUCCGCAGCCAUGUGGGGGAGGACAGAGGCGGAUGUCAUUUCUCAUUUCACAGUGUGCGUAUGUGGCUGCUGCCUUUCCACCCAGCUAAGCAAACACUCGAGAUCCUUUAACUCCGGAACAGGCAUUUCUGAGUCUGUUUGCAAACAGGACACUAGAGGGCUCCCAGAGGUUAAAAAUAAGCAGAAAGUUACUUGAAUGAAAACGGAUUCUGUCGGGCAUUUGUUUUUCUUCCGGAAUUUAAAAUUGAAGUUUAUGUUUUAAACUAUUACGAAAAGUAUACAGUUUAAAGCUGCGUUAUCAGUCGCCAGUUUAUAAGUAACUGUUUUGCUUUGCAAUCAGUAGUUUUCAAGGGAGCUUUUAAAGCUGCACUGAAACAUUGGAGAUGAGGAACACUCUUGGACCCUGAAAUGUGUUCUGCUUAAAUGCCUGAGCCUUUAAACAGUUCUUUGCAUUGGAAUCAGGGAUCGCAUUCUUCCUGGAGCCACGCAUGGGACCAGCUGUAACAAGUCGCACUUCUCCUUGGGGAGGCUGAUACGGUUUUAAAAGACUCGUCGAUUUUAAAAGGUUUGUCGUGGCGAGUGUCAGAAACAUUCCUAACUCCAUCAUUGACCCUACACCACUGGAGACCACUUAGACACCGCAGCGGAUGCGACAGCUGAAGUCAGGAAAGCGUGCAUCAUGGCAGCAGGAGCCACGCGCAGGAUUUAAACUCUGUUCAACAUAUGGAUGCGGCGGAGAAAUGACCUGUGCACACAACCCAGGGCAACUCAUAAACUGGUUCGUCUGCUCCCUGUGCGUCCCACGGGUGUGUAAACUCUGGAGCAGCCGGCGCCCUAGGACCCGGAGGAACCUCCUGCUGGGCACUGCCUGUGCUAUCUACCUGGGCUUCCUGGUGAGCCAGGUGGGGCGCGCGUCUCCCCAGCACGGACGGACACCUGAGAAGGGGCAGCACCAGAGGCGUGACGCCGCCGAGGCACCUUUCCCGGAGAUACCCCUGGAUGGUACCUUGGCCCCUCCUGAAUCCCAGGGCAAUGGGACCACUCUGCAGGCCAAUGUGGUGUACAUUACCUUACGCUCCAAGCGCAGCAAGCCCGCCAAUAUCCGCGGCACAGUGAAGCCGAAACGCAGGCAGAAACAUGCAGUGGCAUCUCGGGCCCCGGGACAGGAAGCUUUGGCAGGACCAUCCCUUCAGCCGCAGGAAGUUGCAAAGGUAGCAGGUGCUGAAGCGCCUGGAUAUGCCUGGGGAGGAAACCUGGCCAAAGAUGGGGAGCGACCCUGGAGGUUGGUGUGGGGUCCCGGAGUGCGAGCUGGAGGCCAAGACUUCCAGCUGCCCAAGACCAGGGAGAGCAACAUCAGGAUCUACAGCGAGAGCGCCCCCUCGUGGCUGAGCAAAGAAGACAUCCGCAGAAUGCGCCUGUUGGCGGACAGCGCGGUGGUGGACCUCCGGCGGGUGUCUUCUAACAGCGGUGCGCGUUUGCUGGUGCUGGGGAAGAGCCCUGCAGGCUCUGUGCCUCGCUGCGGCCCUAGUCCCUGUGGGCUGCUCAAGCAGCCUUUAGACAUGAGUGAGGUGUUUGCCUUCCACCUGGAUAGGAUCCUGGGGCUCAACAGGACUCUGCCGUCGGUAAGCAGGACAUCAGAGUUCAUCCAAGAUGGCCGCCCAUGUCCUAUCAUUCUCUGGGACUCAUCUUUAUCUCCGACAAAUAAUGAGACACACUCUUCUUUGAAGCUCACCUGGGGAACUUACCAGCAGUUGCUGAAACAGAAGUGCUGGCAGAAUGGCCGAGUACCCAAACCUGAAUGGGGGUGUACUGAAAUACAUCACCAUGAGUGGUCCAAGAUGGCACUCUUUGAUUUUUUGUUACAGGAAGGAACUACAGGGACAAAAAUUAAUGAUGACUCUCAAGUUUUCCUUGGGAUAAUGAAACAAGUUGAAGUGAUAAAAUGUAAUAGCAAUAAUGUGGAGAAUGACUGAAGAUUCCUCAAGUUGAGUGGGUAAAGUUACUCACUAGGAGGCCAGAAAUUUUUGGGAGUGGUCAGCAAAGAUGUUGACAUUACUGAGGAUGAAGACUAGGGGGAGGAAGAAGAGGAAAUCUAUGAAUCUGGUAGUGAAGUCUGUGAGAAAGGAAUAACCUUAAAGUUUGUUACUGAUGAACAAGAACUAACCUAUACUGCAGGACAAACCUUUGUAGAAGCCCUCUCUGGUGGCACGUGUUUAGUUCUGGAAUCAUCAAGUAAAUCUCACUCUAGUGUCUACAGUUCCCAUCUCUGUUGAAGGACGUUCCAACUAUCAUUCAACCAACCAAGAUGUAUUCAUGUAACAUUAUUUCACCGUAAGAAACAACCACAGGAGUAACAAAGUAGUUAAUAAGAUGACUAUCCCUCCUGCUCCUCCUCAAGCUUAAUUUUUUUUUAAAUAUGUAGUUGGGAAAAUAUAGUGUAUGUAAACAAAAAGAUAAAGAACUGUGUAAGAAUGCCGAACUAAUGUAAGUCUUAACUUCAAGCAACAACAACACAAAUUGUUAUAAGAUCCAAAGAGGGAGGGAUCACUUUGCGUAAAAUUGCUAGUUAGGAAGGAAGGGUUUGAGUAGAACCGUAAGCUGUACAUGAUAGGGAGGAUGGGGAAAAGUGUGAGAAAGAACAUUGGCUAUUUGGCAAUCUGAUAGAGCGUGAUGGCGUCUUCUUUAUAUUUGCAGGUCUUUCAUUUGGAGUGAGAUUGAGGAGAUCAUAUUUACAAAGGUUUUUUGAUUAUGAAUAGUUCUUUUUCUCUGAAUUGCUUGUUCAAAUUCUUGUCCAUUUUUUUAUUAUUGCAUUUUGCAACCUUUUCUUACUGAUUUAUGAGAUCUUUUUGUGUAUCAUGUAGAUUAGCCUUUAUCGAUCCUAUAUGUUUCAAAUAAUUUUUCUUACUUUCAUAUUUUUCUUUUGAUUUUGUUUAGGGUAGAUUUUACUCCAUAGAAUUUUUACCUUUUUUUUGCAUAGGAUAAUAUCUUAAUUAAUUUUUUACUUCCUGUGUUUAGAGUUACACCUAAGAAAAGUGUUUAUUGAAUGAAUGAACAAACACACUGACUAUUUUUCUUGAGGACUAUCAUACAUUCUUAGUAUCUUCUCAUCAAUUACAUUAAUAUUUUUAUUUCAAUGUCAGAUCAUGUAUCUUAUUUAGAUGACAUUUGGGGAUGUAUUAGAAAGUCUUAGAUGGAUUUUGUAAACAGUCUUAGAAAAGUCAUGCCGGAAGCAAACUAAAAUCACUUGCUGUAUGUUGCUAGAGCAAGGGCAGGAAUGCAGAACCCAGUUGUUACUUUUCUGUACGCAGCAUUCUUUUUGUUUCACUCAGAUAACAAAUCUGCGCUCACAAAGGCUAUGCCAUUUUACUGAGUCUGUAACAUGUGAUGGAAUCACAAACACUUUUAUUCUUGAAGCGUGGGGGUAUGAACUGCGUAGACAAAAAUUCACCUCCAUUAAGUUGACAAUAAGAAGUAUUUUAGACAGCUUUUGAGUUUUCAAGACUUGGUCAAAUCUCUCUCAAAGGGCUCUAUAAAAUAAAAGGGGUGAAUUCAGGGUGUAGAAAACUUUCUUUUUGACCUCAGGCCAGUUUAAGAUGGUGGUUAGGAACGGAGAGUCUGGAGUCAGUCUGUUGAAUUUGAAUUUCAGCAUUGCCACUACUAAUCUUUUGACCUUGAGAAGUUACUUAGCCUUUUUCUGGCUUAGUUUCCUCAGCUGUAAAUGGGAAUAAUAAUAGUUCUUCUAUAAAGGGCUACUGAGAUGACUAAAUAUCUUCAUACAUGUAAAGCAUUUAGAAUGGUAAGUGGUACAUAGUAGGUGUUCAGUGAUUAUUAGUUAUUAAACAGUCGAUCAUUCAGAAAUAAUCAUAGAGGUAAAUAUCAAUAUAAGAACUAAUUAAACUAUUUUACCAUUAUUCUUAUUCAUUAUAUUGCAAGUCAUUCCCCAAUCAUUUCAUUUUUCUCUACUCUUAUGGACUUUCGCAUUUACAUUGUAGGUCUUAGACCAUCAGGUUUUAAUUAUUUUUGACUAGUCUGUCUGCUUCAAUAAGCUGUGAAUUUCUCAAGGGCAGGUCCUUGUCUUAUUCAACUUUGAAACCUUUUCAUUAUGCAGCAUAGUGUUUGAUAUGUCAGUCGGGGCAUCAUUUUAUUGAUCAAAGAAAACUGCCUAGUAUAUUAAAAUAUUAAAUGUUAAAUGUCAAACGAAAAAUGUUAAAAGUGAAAGAAAUAAAAGUAUACUUGCAGUACAGAAAUAAUUUAAAACUUUUUUUAAAGGAAGAGAAUUAGAAGUUUAGAAAAUGAAAGAAUCAAAUAAACAGAAAAUUUGUAAUACUUUCACUGUUCAGUGAGGUCCUUCAUGCACUUCAAACUUUUUCUAAGAAUAAUUGUUAGUCAAUGAGAAAUUAAGGCAUAUUUAUAUAGAGGGAGACCAAUGAAGAUAUGUCUCGAGAUAUUAUUUGCCUCUACCAUCAACAAAAUUAACUGCAAAUAUUUCUUUCCAUUUGAAUUUGACAGUCUGUUUUUGAGGCCUUAUUUAUCCCAGAUACUUAGCAGACUUAGGGCUGGUGCUACAAAAUGAAUGAGACCAUCUCUGUGCCUUCCAGAGUUGUCCAGUCUAGCAGAAAAGAAAGAUAACCAUAGCAGAAAAUAUCAAGCACUAUAAUAGAGUUAAGUUUAAAAUGCUUACGGAGUACUGAGUUUCUGUUAAAGAUAACAAAAAAAAUUGGACACAGAUAGUGAUGGCUGUUAUACAACAUGGUGAAUAUAAUUAAUGUCAUGGAAUUGUACGACAUUUUAUGGUUGAAAUGGAAAGUGUUUUGCUAUAUAUAUUUCACCACAAUAAAAAAUUUUAAAAAAUGACUUGGUUUCUUCAACAAAUAAUAUUUACAAAGGAAAAAGAGGAAGCGGGAUCUUACAUAUUAAAAGAGACUUAAGAGACAUAUGGAGCAAAUAGAUUUUGGGCAAAUUUGAACACUGAAUAUUUAUGAUCAUAUAGAUUUACUUUAAAAUAAUCUCAUUGUGGGAAUGGCUAAUGGAGUGGGCGAUGAUAUAGUUGAAAUAAGAGUGGCUGAGAGUUGAUGAUUUUUUAUCUGGGUGAUAGGUAUGUAGUAGUUCAUUGUUCUCUACUUUUAUUUCAUAAUAAAUAUCUUCAUUGCCACAAAAAUGCUAUAAAAACAGGCAAGGACUGUUAGUUCUGGAACUGGGAGGUAGAAAAGGGGUGGACAGAGAAUGUAACAUUUAAUCUAGUAACUGAAAAAUCAGGAGAGCAUAAGAAAUAGAAAGAGUGUUUCUGAGAAGAAUCCUAGUAAAGGGCUAACCAUGUGUGA